GAUUUAUCCAGUCCAAGUCCUCCACCCCGACUCCCGGAUGCGAAGGACAGAGAGAACAAACAACCUUGCUGAAAGGAGAAACGUGUGCUCGCACCGAUCAACUCUCUCUUCUCUUCGCUCGUCCACAAAGACGAGGAGGCCAGUCCAGUUAAAAGAUGGGCAACGACGGCAAUCCAAAGCUGUGCUCGCACGACGACCUCCCUAUCUGGGCGCAAGACAACGACUUCAUCCUCAGAGGCUACAGGACCCCAGGCGGAACAUCGGACGAGCUCCAGGCCCGACUGGCCGGCUCGACGUCGGCCUCGACUUCGACUUCGACCUCGACGGCCAACGGGGCGAGCAAUGGCGCGAGACAAAGAGCUGGGAAUGGCAAGGAAGAGGCGGAUGGCAGCGUCUUGACGACCAAGCUGUUCGAGCACGACUCCGUCUACAAAUGCUGGCGCAGCGUCUGGGACUAUGUCCACAACGAGACAGUCAACAUCCACACGCACUUCUGGGGCGUCCAGGUGGCCCUCGUCGCCAUCGUGCUCCACACUGCCGAAGUCCUAGGAUGGCUUCCCGAGCAGCUCCGCUUUGUCACCCACAAUCCCCUCUUUUACCCUGCCGCCAUCGUUCCGCCAACACCUGCCAUUGUGUCAAAGGACAGCUGGCGUUCCUGGCUCCCCGUCGGAAGAGGAGCAGCAGCUCAAUCGCCCUCGCUCCCUCCCUCUUUCAAUGCACUCGUCUCUCUUCCCGUCCUUCGUCCAUCGUUGAUGGGCCCGCUGCACACCAUCGCCUCUCAGCGGCCCAACGACUGGAAGGAUGUCGCCGGCUUCGCAAUCUUUCUCAUCGCCGCCGUCGUCUGCCUGGGCUUCAGCAGCUUCUUCCACACCGUCGCGUGCCACUCGAGGGACUUUGCGCACCGGUGCAACAAGCUCGACUACAUUGGCAUCGUCGUCAUGAUCGUUGGCAGCUUCCUGCCCGCGCUACACUACGGCUUCUACUGCCACCCGCGUCUCCAGGCCAUGUAUGCGUUCAUGAUUACCUCGCUGGGCUCUGGUGCAAUGUAUACCGUCAUGUCGCGACGAUACUCCACGCCUGCCUAUCGGCCCAUCAGGACCUCGGUCUUUCUCGCCCUGGGCCUGAGCGCCAUUGUGCCCGUGGCGCACAUUUGCGCAAUGUAUGGUUUUGAGGCAAUUUCACGGACAAUGGGCGUCCAUUGGCUUAUUGCGAGCGGCGCCAUGUACGUGGUGGGCGCAUGCACCUACAUGCUACGCAUCCCUGAACGCUUCUCGCCGGGCACCUUUGACUAUUUUGGAGCUUCGCAUCAGAUCUUCCACUGGUUCAUCCUUGCUGCCGCCUUUGCACACUACGUUUGCAUCCGACGGGCAUAUGCAUUCUGGCACACCGCAGAAGCGGCUAGCGGACCCCUCGGCGGUGGCGCUCAGGCUGUCUGCCUCGCGCUUGAGGCUCUUCGUGCUUCCUAGAUCUCUCUGCAGAAAU